AUCUUUUAAGAGCAACAGCAGACUACAAGGUUGCUUGACCAGUUUUCAAGUUUUUAUUAGUUUGUUGUUUGUUAAAACCAUGUCUGUGCCCCAUAUUGUUGAGAAAACAUGCUGCACUCCUGAGACAAUAGCAGAAAAGCUUAAGGUUUUAUGUUUACAUGGGUACCGACAGAAUGGCGAUGUCUUCCGAGCAAAAACCGGUUCAUUCCGUAAAAUAGUACACAAGUGGGCCCAAUUCACCUACAUUACAGCACCGCAUAAAGUAAUAUUAGUAGAUAAUCUGGAUGCCCUAAGCGACCCUGACAUUGGACAGUCGAAGGAUGAAGAACAGUAUGGUUGGUUUUUCAAUCGAGAUGAUAAAACGUAUAGGGGAAUUCGUGAAGGAGGUCCAGCAAUUGGCUUUGAGGAGUCUGUAGAUCUCGUUGAAGACAUUUUCGAGAAAGAAGGGCCAUUUGAUGGGGUUUUGGGCUUUUCCCAAGGAGCCUGCUUUUUGGGACUGUUAUGCGACUUGCAACACAGAGGAUUAACUAAAAAUAUUAAAUUUAAUUUUGCAAUCAUGGCAAGUGGGUUUAAAUCUCAAUGUUGGCCCCAUCUGAAAUACUAUUCUGACAGGAUGAGUUUGCCAAGCUUACAUAUAUUUGGGGAAACGGAUAAGGUUAUUCCAACAG